AUGAUGCAAAACGUACUCCUGUCGACCUUCCUUUGCCAGCUCUUCGCUGUGCUCGCCUUCGCCGCACCGAUUGCGGACGACACUCUCUCGACGACCGGUCACGAUAACCUGGGAUACGGUACUGGUGGAGGGAUCAUUGGACUGGUCAUCUUGAUUCUCGAUAUAAUCGUCGUCGUCGAAGUUCUCAAGUCGAACCGUCCGCCCGCCUCCAAGUUGCUGUGGUGUCUCGUCAUCUUCCUUUUCCCCCUCGUCGGAAUGGUCAUCUACUACCUGUUCUCAAACCGUGGCGCCCACAACAGCGGAUCCUACGAGGUUCUGCCCUAG